ACAGAUGCCAAUCGGGGCUACCCAUUUGCUCGUUUAUAACAUAAAACACGUGGAAAUCUGAGGCAUUCCUAUAAUUUCAUGAUUUUUACAAGAUGGCAAUAACUAGAUGGCGGUGAAGCGAAGACUUCAUAAGUUUGAUACCUGUAGUGCAGCUCCCCGCAGGAAACUGAAAUGAAGCCAGAAAUCGGUAUGAAGGAAGCGGCUCAAGAGACCUGAAGAUCUGUGCAACAUAGGUCACGGUUUUUAGGAGACGUUGUUUGCAGCGCGAGGCCCGUCUGACACGCACAGCCGCAUUCGGCACAUGCCGGAGUUCAAUAAACCGCGCUUAACGGGCGCCGGACGCUCUGCGGGGAUUGCGUUCUGCCUGCCUUAACUUGAUCAAAAGGACAAUUUCUUGACAGACAAUUACACAGACCUUGAGACUACAUGUCACUGUCGCGUGAGUGUCAGAGAUAUGUAAACGCUCGUGUUGGAAUUUAGAGUGCGCGAGGAAUUUUAUCCGGGACCACCGUAAUGGACCACGAUGACCUGGAUGCGGAGGCUUCGGAUUCCACCGUGCACGGGAUUCACGGGGCGCACCGGCCCAGGCCCUCCUCUUACCGGGCGCUGCGCAGCGCCGUGUCCAGCCUGGCACGAAUAGAUGACUUUAUCUGCGAGAAGAUCGGCUCAGGUUUCUUCUCGGAGGUGUUCAAGGUGCAGCAUCGUAUCACAGGACAGGUGAUGGCUCUUAAGAUGAACACUAUGGCCAGUAACCGAGCCAACAUGCUGAAGGAGGUUCAGCUGAUGAACCGCCUCCGACAUCCCAACAUACUCAGGUUUGUAGGAGUGUGUGUGCAUGAGGGACAUCUCCAUGCUCUAACAGAGUACAUUAAUGGUGGUAACCUGGAGCAGCUGUUGAACAGUGAUGUGUUCCUCACCUGGUCUUUGAGAAUAAGCCUCAGUAUGGACAUUGCCAGAGGACUGCAGUACCUCCACAGCAAGGGCAUAUUCCACAGAGACCUCACAUCAAAGAACUGUCUGGUUUGCUGGGAGAAUGGGCACUGUAGUGCGGUGGUGGGGGACUUUGGUCUGGCAGAGAAAAUUCCUGAUCACAGUAUUGAGGUGGACAAACAGACCUUGGCUGUAGUUGGCUCCCCCUACUGGAUGGCUCCGGAAGUGCUUAGAGGAGAACUCUAUGAUGAAAAGGUGGAUGUAUUUGCCUAUGGUAUCAUUCUGUGUGAGAUUAUUGGCCGGAUUCAGGCAGAUCCCGACUACCUGCCAAGGACAGAGGACUUCGGUCUGGAUGUGGAGGCCUUUCAGCAUAUGGUGGGAGACUGUCCUCCCAAUUUCUUCAACCUCGCUGUCAUCUGCUGCAAUAUGAAUCCAGAGAGUCGGCCCUCAUUCACAGAGGUGGUCACAGAGCUGGAGAAAAGAGUGAGUGAUCAGCAUGAAUAUAUGGAGCCUGAUGUUCAGGACCUGUUGUCCCAAAUCACAGCAUCUUCCAGUGGAAAGCAUUCUCUAGACAUUCCUGCCGACACCCGUCUCUGUCGCAGCAAGUCAGAUAUGCUUCCCCCUCCCCUGACACAGGCCACACCAAUGCGCGUCAACCCUUUCUCCCAGCGCCAAGACCUCAACGGGGGCCGCAUCAAGCUCUUCGACACCCCCAGCAAGUCUGUAAUUUCCCUCACUUUCACUCUCCCCCCGCCCCCUGAUCCCUGCAGCCCCACCUCCAGUGUCAAGACCCCACCCUCUUUCCAUAGACGUACCCAAUCACUGCCCUGCACACCAGAAGAUAUCCAGUCUUUACGCAGCAGUGGUGACAAUGACAAAAACAAGAAUAAAAAAAGUACUAUGGACACAGAUGUUUUGGAACUGAGUGCAAAUCAGUCAAAUCCAGUCAAUUGCAGUAUAUUGGACAUGGGGAGGGACAGUGUAUUGACCAUGAGCAAUGAGAGUAUUCUUGACUUGCCUUAUAACAGUGGGCUUGUUGAUACACCCACUGAGGACAUUAGGCAUUCAAACCCUGAGACGGACAAUGAGGAAGAGAAUCUUGAAGUUGUUGCUGAUGAUUCUGGCCUCCGGUUGGAUCUAGAGUUAAUGUCUGUCAACAGAUCUAGUUUAGAGGAGUCUAUGGACUGUACUAGCUCUCCUGAUACACCAGAUGGUGCUGUUCCUAUUUCACCCAUACCCUUCUCCAAUGGCUGGAGCUCUCCUGUCUCCAAUGGACCGCCCUCUUUGCCACCAUUGUUGGACAAAAACAACUGCACUACCAACCCUGUAACUCGAUCUGUAGGAUGGGGCUUUAACAGCUCCUACAGUGCCACAACCCCUCUUACUCCACCAGAACAGGAUGAGGUCAUGUCCUGUCCGGGAUGCUGCCUAGCAGGAAUGAGUUUCCCCUCCAUUUGUGCACGUGGACCUCGACAAAACCUUAACAAGAAAUUGAAUGGCGAUUCGGCGGGGAAAAGGCUUUUGUGCAAAGCGUUGCCACCCUCACCGACAGAUCCAAACAUUGCUCUGCCUGGCACUCGGACAUAAUGACAAUGACAUGUAUGAUAGCUGCAUGGGAUAUAGACUAUACCUUCAAACGGAUGCUACUGCUUAAUGUGUUGUCUUAACUAAAGCUGAAAAAUGUCAUUCUAGAGUUUAAAAAAUAAAAAAAAUGCUAUGGAUGAUUUGUUAGACUAGGUGGGUCAUUUGUAGCCUUCUGAUCCAAUUGAAAUGCCUUAGUCCUCUGAACUUGAACACUCCAUAGGCUUUACUGCCUUUCCAAUGACAUGUAUUGUCAAUAUUUUUAUUUGUAAAAUUAUUUGAAAAUUUAUGCUUUAAGAAUGGAAAAUAUGAUGUCAGAUGUAUUAUUUUAUUAAUGACAUUAAAUGAGAU